CAGGGCCCAAACCCUUCACACACACAUUGAGGACAUUUUUGCCUGUAUCUUCAGAUAGAGCGGGAGGGAGAGAGAGAGAAACAUCGAUGUGAGAGAGACUCGUCGACUGACUGCCUCCGCAGGUCCCCGGUGGAUUGAACCGCAACCAAGUGGCCACAAUGCUGCCACCGCCCUCGGAGCAGGUGCUGAAUGAGCUGCUGGCUCGCAAGGAAGAGGAGUGGAGGGCUCUGCAGGCCCAUUGCUCCCAACGGCAGGAGGCGGCUCUGCAGGACGCGAACAGCCAGCUGGAGGAGGCCCAGGGGAGGCUGCAGCGCCUGCAGGAGGACUUCGUCUACAACCUGCAGGUGCUGGAGGAGCGGGACCGUGAGCUGGAGCGCUACGACACCGCCUUCGCCCAGGCCCGCAGGCUGGAGGAGGCCAGGCAGGCCGAGGUGAGCGAGCUCAAGAUCGAGGUGGCCAAGCUGAGGCAGGCGCUGGCCAGUGAGGCCAGGCGGCUGGAGGACCUGCAACAGCAGCACCAGCUGGAGCUGCAGGAGCACCGCCUGGAGCUGGAGCGGGUCCACAGCGACCAGAGUGGUGAGCUCGACCUCCAGCGGGAACAGCAUGAGCAGCUGAGAUGGAAGCUGGAGAGGAAGCUUGAGGAGCUUGGCGGCGAGCUAGCCCUGCAGAGGCAGGAGCUGCUGCUGGAGUUUGAAGCUGAAAUGCGGAAGCGGGAGCACAGGUUCCGGCUGCACGCGGACAGCAUGAGCAGUGUGGUCUUCACACAUGAGCUCAAGGUCAAGCUUCUGGACAAGGAGCUGGCAGCUCUGAGAGAAGCUGGAGCCCAGGCUGCCGAGUCUCUGCAGAACGCGCAGGCGGCCAACGCGGAGCUGGAGGAACAGCUGCAGCGCGCCACCUUGGAGCUCAGGGACCUCGAGGCUGUGAAGGACGCCAGGAUAAAAGACUUGGAGGGUAAACUUCAGUCUGUGCAGCUCACCUGGAAGAAAGAGGAGGAGACAUUUAGGAGGAAGCACGAGGAGCUCGACCGAGCGGCCAGGGAAAGGGACGCGGUGCUGGCAGCAGUGAAGGACGCUCACGCAGAGCAGCUGCGGGCCCUGGAGGCCCGGGUCCUGGAGCUGCAGGCCCAGUGCGAGGCCCUCGAGCUGCAGGUCCGCAGGGCUGAGUGGAGGCAGGCGGAUGCCCUGAAGGAGAAGGACAUGGCUAUUGACAAACUCCGGGAAGAGGCGUCAGCUCUGAGAUCUGGCUGGGACGCCCAGGUCGCACAGCUGUCCAAGGAGACGACCUCCAGAGACCUGCAGGUCCAGUCGCUGCAGGAGGAAGGAGCACAGCUCAAGGCUCAGCUUGCCCGGUGCCAGCAGGACAUCAGAAGGUACCAGCGGCAGCUGUCCUUGGCGGUAGAGAGGGAGCAGAGCCUGGAGCGGGACAAGGUGCAGCUGGACCUGGACUGGCAGCGUCGCUGUGAGAGCGCUGAGAGGGACCAGUACCGGAGGUCGGAGGAGCUGAUCCAGGGUCUGAGCACGGCCCGAGAGCAGAUUGCGGCCAAGCUCCAGGAGGCUGAGCGGAAGCUGUUUGACCAGGAGGUGGUGCUGAAGGCUGUGACCCUGGAGAGAGAUCAGGCCCUGCAGAUGCUGAGGACCCACGGGCUCCUCCCCGAGCAGGAGGGGCAGGUACUCCUGAAACGUCACGAAGAAGAAGUCAGUAGUUUUCCAUCUGGUGAGAUACAACGGCUACAGGAGCAGAACGCAAACCUGCGAAGCGCGGUGGCACAGAUGAGGGUGGAGAUGGAAGCGCUGAGUGAGCGGACGCUCCCUUCUGCCCUGCCAGGGGCCAGCCCCGAGAGCCCUCGCCCGCCUGACGCAGAGGCAGCCGCAGACGCCGCCCCGGAUUAUGUUCUGGCCCUUGAAGCAGAAAUACGAAAUCUAAAAUGUAAAUUUAAAGCCCUGGAAGAACAGCUGGGAGACACACUGGAGGCUUCGAAGAUGCCCCCGUCUCAUGCUGACGGCCCGCCCAGCACCCGUCCAGCGGCAGGAAGCGCUGGAGGAGUCAUGCCAGCCGAUGGCUUGUCCACCGGGCCAGCGCCCAGAUGGCUGGGAGACAGGGCACAUCUGCUGAACCUCCUGGUGGCCCAGCUCAGAGAGCAGGCGCUGCAGGAGCCCCCGCAGGUGCACAUCUCCCGGCCCGAGCUUCCCCACGCAGCGGGCCAGGUGCCCCUGGAAGUGCUGGAGCUGCAGAGGCAGGUGGCUGAGCUCGAGAAGCAUCUCUGGACAGCGCAAAAGGAAGGCAGGGGGCCUCUGAGCAGGCAGCAGCCGCAGGCCCCGGACACUGUGGCCCUCGGGAGACAGUGCCCAGCAGCCGAGGGGCCUGCAGGGACCCAGGGCCUGGGGACGCAGCUCCCACAGGACCCGUCUGUGCAGCAGCUCCAGAGGAAACUGAAGGAGGCAGCCCGGACGGUCCUCCGCCUGCGCCUGGAGAAGGAACAGCUGCUGGAGCUGGGGAACCGCCUGCGUGCUGAGCAGGGCCGGCCCUCGGGGAAACGUUCUCAUCCCCUUCCCAGCCCUGAGGCCCAGAACCCAGGUGCAGGGACCAAGGCACCUUUGAAGCAGGGCCCACCUUUGGGACAGCUGCAACCCCACUUCACAACUCAGGACUCUAAGAGUGCCAAAGAGGAACGUCCCUCCAAGUGCUCGGGACAGGUCCAGCCCCGCGAGGCACCAGCGGUCCGCAGAAAUGAUGCCCAGCAUGGCAGUGCGGCAGGAACUGGGAGGCCAGGGCAGCAACGCAGACUGUCCGUGGCCAUGUGCAGGGCAGCUCGUCAGAAGGAAAACCGGUCCCCACAGCCACCGCAAGCCCACGAGUUGCGCCAGGAACGUGGACACCACGCCCAAAGGUCCUCGUCACUCACCAGCGGUUCCCUCCAGGACACAUGGAAGUUACUGGACCUGGGAUCCAGCCCUUCUGGCCUCACCUCCCAGGACGACUCAACUUCAGGGGCGCUCACAGCACCUCCCGCGGCUGACAGCCCACGACACCCCGAUGGGAGCCCCGUGGAGACGCAAGCCGCCUUUGCCAUCAAAGGGAUGAGAAUAGAAGCCCAAGCCAAGGCCAAGCCUACUAGACCCUCCAGGGCUCACCCUGCAGAACCUAAAGGCUGCCAGCAGCCCCCGAAGAUCCGGAACUACAACUUCAAGGACUGACUUUCUUGGAUGCUCCCCCC